UUAGUAUUCAUUAUUUCUUUUUUGUUUUAAUAUAUUCCUUCUCUCGUACAGAUGCCAUUAAAGUUUUGGAAGAUGGAGAUCUGCAAACUAUCGGCUUGCUGGACUAUGAUAAAAGACUGGCACAUUCUUUUACUGCUCAUCCUAAGGUUGAUCCAUUCACCGGAGAAAUGUUUACCUUUGGCUAUUCACAUACACCACCAUAUGUAACAUACAGAGUUAUAUCGAAGGAUGGAGCAAUGAAUGAUCCAGUUCCAAUAACAGUAUCAGGCCCAAUCAUGAUGCAUGAUUUUGCAAUUACUGAAAACUAUGCAAUUUUUAUGGACCUCCCGUUAUACUUUAAGCCAAAGGAUCUAUUAUCGGGGAAGACGAUUGGCAGUGCUAAAGAAUGUGAGGGACUUUACUACUUUGACGAGACGGAUGAAAUGGUGAAGGAUAAAAAGUUUAUUUUCAGCUUUGAUGCUACACAGAAAGCUCGUUUUGGCAUACUUCCGCGGUAUGCAAAAAAUGAACUCCUAAUCAAAUGGUUUGAGCUUCCAAAUUGCUUCAUAUUCCAUAAUGCAAAUGCUUGGGAGGAAGGAGAUGAAGUUGUUCUUAUCACUUGUCGCAUUGAGAAUCCAGAUCUUGAUAUGGUUAAUGGCGCCGUUAAAGAAAAGCUUGAGAAUCUCAAAAACGAACUGUAUGAGAUGAGGUUCAACCUCAAAAAUGGUCUGGCUUCACAGAAAAAAUUAUCUGUAUCUGCUGUAGAUUUUCCAAGGGUGAACGAAAGUUAUACUACGAGGAAACAGCGAUACGUAUAUGGAACAACACUGGACAAGAUUGCCAAGGUAACUGGGAUUAUCAAGUUCGAUUUGCAUGCAGAACCAGAGACUGGAAAAGAAAACUUAGAAGUUGGAGGAAAUGUUAAAGGUAUCUUUGAUCUGGGACCUGGACGAUUUGGUUCAGAGGCUGUCUUUGUUCCCCGGCAUCCUGGUACUACAUCUGAAGAAGACGAUGGCUACUUGAUUUUCUUUGUACACGAUGAGAACACUGGAAAGUCGGCAGUGAGCAUAAUUGAUGCAAAAACGAUGUCACCUGAUCCUGUUGCCAUUGUUGAAUUGCCCAAGAGAGUUCCAUACGGAUUUCAUGCUUUGUUCGUGACAGAGGACCAACUUCAAGAACAGGCAAAGCUUUGAAUAGUCACAUGUUCUGAUGAUCACAAUUAUUCACAACACAAGAAGAAGGUGAAUUUUGAGAGCCACAGCCUCACUUUUAGUUAAUCGUUAAUGUUUAUGCAAACCCGUGCCAAAAAACAAUGCGUGCUUGGUACAUGAUACUAUAUUAGGGUGAACGGUACUAGCUUGAUAUUAUUACGGUGGAGGCAUGUAAUAACGUGGAUUACGGUAUAUUAUUGUAAUAUUCGUAUUCGGUGUUACAUUGUAUUAUAAUAAUGGUUGACUAGUGUUGUAUUUGGUUGAGCAUGUAUUGUGUACAAAUCUAAGUGAAAAUAGGAAAUGAUCCCUCCUACUAGGGAAAGUUAGGAUGAA